UGUAUUUGAAAGAACAACAAAAGGAAAAUAAAUAAAUAACAAACAAAUUUAAAAGAGUUUGUGCCCCUCCGCUAUAGGCACAGGAUGUGAUUAAUUAAAAAAAAACUUAUUAUAAGAAUAUUAAGAGCAACAAGUUUGUUCUUUAUACUGUAAAAUUAUGGAGCCCACGCCGGCAGAGCAUCACAAACGCUUCGCAUACUGCACGACGAGAUUGCAAUAUAGACAGGGUCGCGAAUUAAAAGCUGUAAAAGUUUACACCGUUGCCAGUGAGUCCAGGCACUUGUUGGUUUUCGGUGUGCCUAAAGUGAAUCUCCACACAAACAUUAAGAAUAAGAUGCAAUGUUUUGGAAAAUUACAGUCCUGCACAUGUGUGAGCAACGAAUUGGCAAAAAAGAUGGAAUUGGAGGCAUUUACAGAUGUGUUUGCGGUUCAAUUCGAACGUUUGGAGCAAGCGAGACGAGCUAAACGACAACUGGAUGCUAAACAAUUCUUUGGCGGCAUAUUACACAUAUCCUAUGCGCCCGAAAGAGAGACGCCUCAAGAGUUAAGAGAAAAAUUUCAGCAACGUCAAAGAGAGAUUGCUCAGCGAAUAAAGAGAAAUUUAGCUGAGCAGCCGCCAGCUGCUAAACAAAAGAAUAAAGAUGCUUAAAUAUUUAAUAA